CCUUUGCUCACACUUCAGGAUUGAUUGUCCUCCAGCAUAGUUCGGAUUCAGGGUCUUUCAACUUCUCUACACACUCUAGGAGCAGAGGCUAGAAACCCAUUUUGCUCUUCUUCUAGUUUGUUUCUCUCUCCCCCCUCCCCAAUUACCAUUUUACUAUUUUGAGAUCUUCAUUUGCACUCCUUCUGUCUUUUCUUUAUUUUGGGGGGGGAUUAUGUUUCAGAUGGGCUCUUAUCCAGGCACCUUGCUCCUUGUGUCCUUCUUCCACUUCAGCCAUCCUUGGUCAGUGAAUAAUUUCCUGAUGACUGGUCCCAAGGCAUACCUCAUCUAUUCCAGCAGUGUUGCAGCCGGUGCACAGAGCGGUAUUGAAGAAUGCAAGUUCCAGUUUGCUUGGGAUCGCUGGAACUGUCCAGAGAGAGCUUUGCAGCUCUCCAGCCAUGGAGGCCUCCGCAGUGCAAACCGAGAAACCGCUUUUGUCCAUGCUAUCAGCUCUGCGGGUGUCAUGUACACACUGACCCGCAACUGCAGCCUUGGGGACUUUGACAAUUGUGGCUGUGACGACUCCCGUAAUGGACAGCUUGGUAAGGAGCACCCUCAGCAACUCUCUCUCCAUUCUCCAGGAUGGAGGUACACAGGAGGACAAGGAUGGCUGUGGGGGGGCUGCAGUGACAAUGUGGGCUUUGGGGAAGCCAUUUCCAAGCAGUUUGUGGAUGCCCUUGAGACAGGGCAGGAUGCCAGAGCAGCUAUGAACCUGCAUAACAAUGAGGCUGGCAGAAAGGCAGUGAAAGGGACCAUGAAGAGGACCUGCAAAUGCCAUGGGGUAUCUGGCAGCUGCACCACACAGACCUGCUGGCUGCAACUUCCUGAGUUUCGAGAAGUGGGAACAUACCUGAAGGAAAAGUAUCACAAAGCAUUGAAAGUUGACCUACUCCAAGGGGCAGGCAAUAGUGCUGCCAGCCGAGGGGCAAUUGCAGAGACCUUCAGUUCCAUCUCCAAGAAGGAGCUGGUCCACCUGGAAGACUCACCUGACUACUGCCUGGAGAACAAGACUUUGGGCCUACUAGGGACUGAAGGCAGAGAAUGCCUGAAGAGGGGCAAGGCCCUGAGCAAGUGGGAGAAGCGCAGCUGUCAGCGCUUGUGUGGGGACUGUGGACUGGCUGUGGAGGAACGGCGAGCUGAGAUGGUGUCCAGCUGCAACUGCAAGUUCCACUGGUGUUGUGCAGUUCGUUGUGAGCAAUGCCGCAAACGUGUCACUAAAUAUUACUGCGUCCACAAGGAGAAGCGGGAGCGCAAUGUGGGCAGUGUAGGUUCCCGCAAACUCAGGAGGAAGCAGCCCUGAUACCUUUAUAAUUAUCUAACAACUUUCUAUCCCAUAAUCACCUCCCACACUUCUCUUCUAUUUUCCACAUGUAUAGAUAGCUAUGAGGAUGGAAGGUUCUGUCUGUAUAGUAUUUAAGUUAGAACCACGCCCCCCAGUUUGAGAUGUCUGCAGGGGAAAAGCUCACUAAACUCUAACCAAGAUGGAGCUACCCCCAAGUCGAUAGACUGUUCUAGAGUGAGUUUGGUUUUAAGCCUGAGUCUCCCCGCACCCUGUAAAGUAAGGAAACACUAGUGUUUUAGAAACAACAAGCAUGGAAAUGCCAUCUUUAUCGGAAACUAUUAAAUAUUCAUCCAUUCAAGGAACCCUUACCAGCUCCAACUCCAGGGGUUUAGGGGUGGGAUACCCAAUGAGGGGAACCCAAGGUUCAGAAUUUUUAACUCCCUAUUCACAGGCAUUGUUUUCAUAGGCAGCGAAUCUCAAGUGUGCUUUAGCUAUGCCUAUUUGCUCCUUCAAGGGUAGCCUCUCUCAGUGUACUUGUCAUUACCUUUGAAUGCCAUAUACCACUACAUGCCUGGAGUCAGGGCCAGAUGUGAAAAGGACAGAUAUGACAAAAAUAUUAUUAUUACUAUCAAUACCAGGAGUCUUUUUCUUCCUCUGACUUCAGGAUAUGGCUUACCUUUGCUUGUGUAAGCAGAGCAGAGGCUGACGUGAAUUAAAGGGUUUUAUUUCAGGUACCCCAAUUGUGUUCAGAAGCUGUUGAGAGGGUGUUGAGAGAGCAUCCUUGAACUCUGAAACAGCCCUUGAAGGGUCAGGACAAACAGGAAAUAUGAUUAACAGCCCUGCAUACUAAACAGAGGAAGGGAAUCCACAAAUUUUUUGCAGCUGGAUCAGACACAGUUUUAAAGGGGAAAAUGGAGGAGUGGAAGGCAGCUAAAUCUGAGGGGUGGGGUGGGAAUCAUUAGAAAAUUUAAGAAUUUUUCUUUUGAGUACCCCCUAAUAGAAAUAUGCUUCCAUUACACACAUACAUUUGCUAUGUUUUUCUGGGGGGAAAUCAUUUUCUGGGCCCAUUUUUGUUUCCUAAAAUAAGCACACAAAGGCUGCAUUUGCACAUAACGUGGAACCGCCCCCUCGCCCACCACCGAGAGCUCGCCCUCUGCAGUCAGUAAGUGAGACUGCAUAGAGGAGGGGGAACUGGCUGUCUGGGCUUCCUUCUUGACUGAAGGACAGCCCUGACAGCCAAUAGCAGCUGGAGUGAGGGUGAGGCUUCACUCAACUCUGGAUGCGAAACAGCCAGACUGAGGUGUUGUGUUCGGACGAAACACUGGCUCUGCUAAACUGGAGUUCCAGGCAUUGAAACUCACUACAAACUGAAGGUACAAAUCGAAGUUGAAGACAUCUUCUCUCAGGAUAGCACUAGGGUGAAGAUGUCACAUUGCCUUGGCACUACUUGGCACAAUUCUUUUUCCACUUGGAAAAUACAGGGAAAUUGUUCUCCUGCUAGUGUUUUUCCACCUCUUGUGGGGGCUGUAUACCCCUUGCAUUGUUCCAGUGACAUCAUUAAUAGCAGGUGAAACAGAUACAGACAAAUGGCUCAUGUCAUUCUGUGAAUUUUUAUUUGUUAAAAUGUUUUAUAUUUCAUACAUAGUCUCAGAAUCCAUGCACCCCAUCCCCUCUUUAUACAACCACAGUGAUAAAGUUUUCAUUCAGUUCUAGUUUUUAAAAAAGAAAUACAUGGGGAGGCAUUCCAGCUUCAUCCUGCUCCUGGCAUUAAUUUCCUUACUGAAAACAAGCUGCGUAGCUGUACUCAUUACGCUCCUUAGACAAAAAGGCAUGGUUAUGCUUUCACACCAAAGUUUCCCCAUACCUAUUCAUUAUAAUAUUAGUGCUGGAUUUAGGACUAGGGGAAAUGUAGUUUUGAGUAAAAAAAUCUCUUUUGUUACAAUCUGGAAAAGCCCUCAGUUGACCAAAAGUGAAUGAGGAAGAUUAAUUCAAUUUAUUUGCACAAUGGAAAAUAUAACUGGGGUGUGUGUGAACACACAGAUUUGACUGAGCGGAAAAUUCUACAAAAAAUAUUGUAUUUCUGAAAGGUAUGAACUUGUGAGAAGAAAAGAUUUGUUCCAAAAACUUUAAUCAAAGAUUUGUUCCAAAAACUUUUAAAUCAAAUUUUAAAACAUAAUGUUGGUUCUUUGAAGCACGUGUCUUAUAUUUGGAGUGUAUUAGAAGAGCCUCAAGAAUUUUUAUUUAAGCGGUUCAUCUCUUCUUGGCUAGGAUAUGAAGGGUACCUUCUGUGCUAGUCUUUGAGUGGAAUCCUCUGCCUCUUUGAUCAUCUCUGCAGUUCUCAACAGUGCAAUGCAGUGUGAAUAAAGGUUUUAGAAGCUCUCCUUCAAAGAUUUCAGGGUGCCAUUUGACCUUCUUAAUCAGCUGCUGUCUCAAACAUGCUGAUUUAGGGAUCCCAUGACUCACUUUCUCAUGUUUCUUUGGUACAUCUGGAACAUCCAUUCCUGCUUUCAGUGGAGUGUAUUCUUUGCCCUCAUGGCCCUCACCAAUUUUACUCCCUUUUAUCUACAAGAAUUAUUCAAGGGAACAAGACUUCAGCUUCUUCCUAGGACCUGAUCACAAGAACAUUAUAAGAACAAACUGUGAUUGUGGUUGGGACUGUAACACACACAAAGGCUAUGGGUCUAAGAGCCAACUGGCAGAAGCGUCUGCAUGUGAUAUUUUCAAAUCAGGUUAAUGGUGAGCAGGUCUUCUGAGCAGUUUUGUCAUAGGCAGACUGCUAAGGUGGAUGCACAAUGGGAUGCAAAAUGACCAGAACCAUUCAGAUAUCUGCCUCACCAUGAGUACAUUUUGAGAUAGGAAGGAAGAGGUCUCCAAGUAGGCUUGUAAUUAGCACACGAACUGGCUGAGUGAGUCCCCAGCCUCAUAGCAAGCAUUGUGUGUGUGUGUGUGAGGGGGAUAGAAAUUGAUGGCCUCUGUCCUUUCCUGUCAUCCCAGUACCAGGACAGAAAUUACACUAUUUAAAAACCCUUUCUUGUUCUCCUUAAUGCUACUUACAAAACCCUUCCCCUUACAUGGCAUGGAUAACAUCAGUAAGGUAUUUAAUUAUGUUGUAAAUAGAAGAGUUAAGCACUUUGAAGUUUUAUUUAUUGCACAGUUAACUGUGAUAUAUACAUAACUCUUUGAGCAUCUAGAUUGUAUAUCUUUAUUAGUCUUAGUAAAAACUUAGUAACUGUGGAAGUCUCCACACACACACACUGUUUUGCUCCUUGCUGUGCAAUGGGAUAUACACAACACAACUUUUGUCAGGAAUUCCCCACGGGACAAGUCAUACUAAGUUAGAUAGCCCCCUCCUGGAAAUUAAUUAAUUUAUCUAUGUAAUUGCAGCUUUUGCUUUUAAUUUUCAACAUUAGAAUGAUUCACAUUAGAAUUGCUACAAAUUUUCAGUAUUAGAAUGUUUUCAACAUUAAAAUUAGAAUGGUUAGCAGACUAGCUAGUUAUUACUGCGCAGUAGGCCUCUACGUUUGUAAGCAUAUAUAAUAAAUUGAAAGUGUUAA